CCUUCCCCAGCCCCCUCCGGCAGGCAGGGCCUCUUCCCCCGCCUCCCUCCCGCCGCCAGGUCCCCAACUGCCCGCCAGGCUGGGGCCGGAGUGGCCCAGGCGCCUGCAGCUGCCAAUCCCAAAAAUAUUCUCUGAUGACACAGCUGGAGGACAAGAGCCCAGACUCCUCCUCAGGCUAAGUUUAGAGCAGGAGGAGGGGACCCCCACCCCCUCUGGAGCUCCAGUUCUUCCCCACUCCUUCCCCAAGCAAGACCAGCCUGCAGCUGCUUAGUGGAAAUGGACUGUGGAAAGUCUGACACAGGAGUCUGGGGGAACUGGUGCACCCCAGCCGCCCCCCAUCCCCCCCCACUGCAUGGAGUGUUGGGGUGUGCAGUUCUCUAGGCUAUGGGUGCAGGGAGGAGGGAAGCGUUCCUCGGGUCACCUCUGUUGGGUGCUCGUGGGUCAGCCUGCGUUGGGGGUGGGGGUGUCUGUAUCAGGUGGGUCACUUGGGGUGAGAGCCCUCCCCAGCCCCUCCCCCACAUUCCUGGCGGGAGUGGGAGAUAAGGGCUCAGGGCCACAGACAUCUGCGUCAGAGAUAGGAGGUCUCAAUGCCACGGGGCAGGGGCAACUGGGACUUGGGGGCGUGGGAAGGCCUCGCACAGCCCGCGUGAGAAGGGUAGAAAGGGUGGUGGGAUGGGGCGGGGAGACGGGGCAGCCUCCGGGGAGACCCUGGCAGGAGGGGCAGGUGCCGGGCAGCAGGGCCAGGCUGGCAAUGUCACCCAGGAUGCCACUGCUGCUGCUCUGGCUGCUGGCCCCUCAGGGUGCCCAAGGGUGCCAGGGCUCAGAGCUGGACCGGGAACUUGUCCUGGCCAAGGUGAAGGCGCUGUUCCUGGAUGCCUUGGGGCCCCCCGCACUGAUCCGGGAAAGUGGGGACCCCGGAGCCAGGCGCUUGCCCAGGAGACAUGCCGUGGGGGGCUCGGCUCGCAGGGGCUCUGAGCCUGAGGACGAGGAUGUCUCCCAGGCCAUCCUCUUCCCGGCAUCAGAUGCCAGCUGUGAGGACCAGGGCGAGGAGGGUGAGGAGGGCCUCUUCACUCAUGUGUUCCGGCCGUCCCAGCACACUCGAAGUCGCCAGGUGACCUCAGCCCAGCUCUGGUUCCACACUGGGCUGGACCGCCAGGCCACAGCAGCCGCCAACAGCUCGGGUACCUUGAUCAGCCUGCUGGUGCUGGCCCCAGGGGGCCCCCAGGCUGUGCCCACGUCCCCGGGCCCCGCGCCCCAGCGCUGGGUGGUGUUGCAACUGGACGCCUCGGCCCUUCCGCUGCUGAGCCAGCCCGUGCUGGUGCUCCUGCUGCGGUGCCCGCGGUGCUCCUGCUCCGCCAGGCCCGAGGCCACGCCGUUCCUGGUGGCCCACACGCGGGCCAGGCCGCCCAGCUCCGGGGAGCGGGCUCGGCGCUCCACGCCACCGCUGCCCUGGCCCUGGUCGCCGUCUGCGCUCCGCUUGCUGCAGAGGCCCCCGGAGGAGCUGGGCGCGCACACCGACUGCCACCGUGCCGCCCUCAACAUCUCCUUCCAGGAGCUGGGCUGGGAUCGCUGGAUCGUCUACCCGUCCAGCUUCAUCUUCCACUAUUGCCACGGGGGGUGCGGGCUGCACGCCCCCCAGGACCCGCCCCUGCUGGACCCGGGGGCGCCCCCCACCCCUGCCCAGCCCCUGCCCUUGCUGCCCGGAGCUCAGGCCUGCUGCGCCGCCCUCCCCGGGACUAUGCGACCCCUGCGUGUCCGCACCACCUCGGAUGGGGGCUACUCGUUCAAAUACGAGACGGUGCCCAACCUCCUCACGCAGCACUGCGCCUGCAUCUGAGCGCCAGGCCAGCUGAGGCCAAGGAAAGCCCCUCCUCCCCUCCUCCCCUCCUCCUCCUCCUCUCUCCUCCAGGCCCCCUCCUCCUCCCCGCUUCCUCUUCCAUUUCCCUCCUUUCUGUCUGAGGCCGCCUCUCCCCAGGGUGACAGGUGACAAUAAACAACACCACGCA